GACCUCAUGUAACAGUGACGUCGGCCCUGACACGGAGGCGGAGAAGAGCUACGUUUAUUGCCGUUUGCUCCGAUUCAUUCGACCCUUCCUUCGACCGGAGUGAAGUCGGGCAGCAACCUCUAGUGUUUUCGGCUAGAAAAAAAAUAUGGCAGGUUACUUGAAGGUCCUCAGCUCUCUCACUAGGUCCGCGGCCACUCUAUCAAAAAACCCCGCCGUUCUUGCUCCAGCUUCUUGCCAGAGUUUGCAACAGAGGAACUAUGCCGAUAAACGUAUCAAGGUGGCACAGCCGGUGGUGGAGAUGGACGGAGAUGAGAUGACCAGGAUCAUCUGGGAGUUCAUCAAAGAAAAGCUCAUUCUGUCCAAUGUGGAUGUGGAACUGAAGUACUAUGACCUGGGUCUUCCUUACCGUGACCAGACUGAUGACCAAGUCACAAUCGACUCUGCUAUAGCUACCCAGAAAUACAAUGUUGCUGUGAAAUGUGCCACCAUUACACCCGACGAAGCUAGGGUCGAAGAGUUCAAUCUGAAGAAAAUGUGGAAGAGUCCCAACGGAACCAUCAGGAACAUUCUGGGCGGAACUGUCUUCCGUGAGCCAAUCAUCUGUAAGAACAUUCCCAGACUUGUUCCUGGCUGGACACAGCCCAUCACCAUUGGCAGACAUGCCCACGGUGACCAGUACAAAGCAACAGACUUUGUUGUGAGCCAACCAGGCAAAUUCAAAAUGGUCUUCUCUCCAGCUGAUGGAAGCAAAACCAAGGAGUGGGAGGUGUUCGAUUUCCCUGGUGGUGGCUGUGGAAUGGGCAUGUACAACACUGACGAGUCCAUCACUGGCUUCGCUCACAGCUGCUUCCAAUAUGCCAUCCAGAAGAAAUGGCCUCUCUACAUGAGCACUAAGAACACCAUCCUGAAAGCUUACGAUGGCAGAUUCAAGGACAUUUUCCAGGAAAUCUUUGAGAAAAACUACAAGCCAGAGUUUGACAAGCUGAAGAUCUGGUACGAGCACAGGCUCAUCGAUGACAUGGUGGCUCAGGUGCUGAAGUCUUCGGGUGCCUUUGUGUGGGCCUGCAAGAACUAUGAUGGAGAUGUACAAUCUGACAUCCUUGCUCAGGGUUUCGGCUCUCUGGGACUGAUGACCUCAGUGCUGGUGUGUCCUGACGGAAAGACCAUUGAGGCCGAAGCCGCCCACGGCACAGUAACCAGGCAUUACCGUGAGCACCAGAAGGGUAGGCCAACUAGCACUAACCCCAUUGCCAGCAUCUUUGCUUGGACCAGAGGACUGGAGCACCGUGGCAAACUUGAUGGAAACCCAGACCUGAUCAAGUUCUCUCAGACUCUAGAACGGGUGUGCGUUGAGACUGUGGAGAGCGGCGUGAUGACCAAGGAUCUGGCUGGCUGCAUUCACGGUCUCGCCAACUGUAAGCUGAACGAGCAUUACGUCAACACCACAGACUUCUUGGAUGCCAUCAAGACAAACCUAGACAAGGCACUGGGCAAAUGAAGGACAACGGGGCCCGGACACGGUGGAGAGCGUCUUUUUGUACCUCAUUUUUAACUUAAAGGUCAUGAAUACCACAUAAUGUAUGAAGGGAGGAGUAAUAAAAACAUAGUGAUGUUCCUCCUAGCUGUUCUGUUAGUGAAUCCUGCUGAUGGGUGAUCCCAUCUCUUCCCGCACCUCCAGGGGUCUAUUUUUUUAAGAUGAAGUACUGUAUGUCAGAUACUGUAUAAUACCAUAGGAGAAAAAGAAAGAUCAAGGGCCACAUGAGAAACCCUCUAAUAAAUCGGUCACCUGGA